UAUUGGGCUCCGACCCUCGACCUUCUUGCGCCAGGGCGAAGCAGCACGCCGCGCGAACGCGAGCUUGCGCAACCAGCUCUCUUGCUUGCGAGACCACAUCGCUGUCGCCGUCGCUGCGAUAUCGCCCCGCGCGGGCGGCAGACAGAAGGAGGCCCGGCCAGGACGGCAGCGACUUGUGGCCUGCCGCACCCGUCGGCUACCUCGCCUUUUGUUGCCCAACGGCGGUCUGACUGCUUGACCACUUCCUCCGUCAUGACGACCGCAUCUCCACAUCUCCAUCAACCCAUCCUCCGAAUAGAUCACGACGAGAUCGCGCGAGACGGCGACACGCGCUGGAUAUAGCUCUCGCCAAGGCGAUACUGCAGCUGGCCACGCCCACGAGGUUGGAACCCCGGCUUGCCGGGCACUGCGAGACCCUCACAAUCAGUCUACAAGCGACAGCCGUAAGCGCGCUCGUUGCAGCGAUAUGCUGAACGGCGCCCAUAGCCGCCGUCGCCGGCCGGCGUAUGGUGUCCGAUGGCGCGAUGCGGCGACCCCGAUAUGGUGCUCCCACUAGCGCGCCAAGGCAACGAGAGCAGCGAUUGCAUUCGCCGUUGUCGGCGGGUGGUCUAAUUGUGGAGCGAUGACACUCGAUAACGAGUGCGCGGGGUGAUGUGACGUCUUGAUCGCGUUCGACGUCUUGAUCGGGUUCGUCGUCUUGCUCUUGUUCCACAAGCACUGUGCUACCUACAUCGCGCCAAGCAAAGUCGUCGGGCCGCGAUAAAGGCAACUCCACACCGGCCAUGACGGCCUCCGCCCAAGCUUGACGGCAGCCAUGGCACCAGCGAACACGGACAUCGAGUACACGCCGAGUCAGGUGUGGGGCGGCGGCGGCGGCCCGCCCGCCUCUGAGGACAACGACUACAAGGACAAGGAGGCCGACAUCGCCGGCGCCGACGCCGACGCCGAUGUCACUACCCCGCCGUCGUCGUACGCCGAGUCGCUGGCGGACGAGCGGACAGGCCUGCACCGCGCCCUCAAGGCGCGGCACCUGUCGAUGAUUGCUGUCGGGGGCGUCAUCGGCCCGGGAUGGUUCUACAGCAUCGGCACUGGCUUCACGUACGGCGGGCCCGGGGGCGUGAUCAUCGGCUUUGGCACCGUCGGCGUGCUCCUCUACCUGAUCAUGCAGAGCCUCGGUGAGCUGGCGGCGUUCAUCAGCGUGACGGGCAGCUUUACCGACUACACUGCGCGGUUCCUCGACCCGGCGCUCGCGUUCGCCCUGGGCUGGGUGUACGUUGUACUGUGGGGCGGCUUCCUCAUCAACGAGUACUACGUCCUCGGGCUGAUCUGCACGUACUGGCAGUCCAAGCUGCCGUGGUGGGGCUUCGUGCUCGCCGGCUGGGUCUUCUUCUACUUGUUUGGGUGUAUCGGCGUACGGGGGUACGGCGAGGCCGAGUUCUUCUUGACGUGGCUCAAGCUGCUCUUCAUCAUCAGCUUCUUCCUCUGCUCGGUGCUCAUCACGACCGGCGCGAUCGGCGACGGAGGCCACGUCGGGUUCAAGUACUGGCGCGACCCGGGCGGCUUCUCGGACGGCGUCAGGGGUGUCUUCAAGUGCUUUUCCCUCGCUGCCAUCUUCUAUGCCGGCGCCGAGAUGAUCGGUUUGACCGCAGGCGAGGCCCAGAACCCAGGCCGCGACAUCCCUCGUGCUGUCCGUCUCGUCUUCAUCCGCAUCUUUGUCGUGUACAUUGGCAGCCUCUUCUUCCUGUCCCUCGUGAUCGCAUGGAACGACCCCAACCUGUUCAACGGCACGCAGACGCAGGCGACGUCGCCGUACAUCCUGGCCUUCACCAACGUGGGGCUCAUGCAGGCGGGCAACGUGCUCAACGCGUUCAUCCUUACGACCGUCUUCUCGGCGAUCAACGGCGCGCUGUACGUCUCGUCGCGCUGCCUCGUGUCCAUGUCGCGCGACGGGUAUGCCCCCAAGAUCUUUGGCGCGACCAAUCGCUACGGCGCACCAUAUGUCGCCGUCGCGUUCUGCAAUGCGUUCGGCCUGCUCGCGCUGUUGAAUCUGAGUGACGGCGCGGUGGUGGUGUACAACUGGAUGGUGAGCAUUGGCGGCGUGUCAACGUUCAUCACCUGGACUUCCAUCGUCGCAUGCCACAUCCGCUUCCGCAAGGCCCUCAAGCUGCAGGGCAUCUCGGUCGACGAGCUGCCGUACCGCGCCGCCUUCUUCCCGUACGCCGCGUACGUGGCCUUUGCGGGCGGCUUCUUCCUCAUCUUCUUCCAGGGCUGGACCGUGUUCCUCCCGCCGUUCGACGUGCAGACCUUCCUCAUGAACUACAUCAUGAUCCCGAUCUUCGUCCUCCUCGCACUGGGGUACAAGCUGAUCCGGAAGACCAAGUGGGUCGACCUGGCCACUGCCGACCUGGUCACGGGACGCAGGCCGUACCGCAACGCGUCGUACGAGAAGGAGGGCGUCGCGAAGCGGCUGUGGGCCAACACUUUCGGUUAGCAGACAGAGCAUACUUAGCACACAUGCAUCCACAC